GUUAGGAAGAGCGGGAAGCUGACAAGCCAUAACGGUUUCAACCCCUUCUAGGGUUCCAGACGAAGCGUAGAAAUGUUGAGCAAGAAGAGGAGGCGGGAAGAUCGGCCGUCGAUCCAUCCUCAUAAUCGCUACGCCGAAAACCCACCGGACUUCGCGCAACUCGCAUCACUAUACUCCUCCUUCGAGGCCUUCGUCUUCUUCUCCCGCUCCGGUCGACCCACCAUCGACUGGAAAGACUUCAACGCCACCCGCGAGCUCACCCGCGUGCUCCUUCUCCACGAUCACGCCGUCAACUGGUGGAUUCCUGAUGGGCAGCUCUGCCCUACGGUUCCAAAUCGAUCGAAUUAUAUUCACUGGAUCAGUGAUCUGCUGUCUUCCGACCUUAUACCCGCAAGACAUGGAUCGGAUGACAGAGUUAGAGGAUUCGACAUUGGGACUGGUGCUAAUUGUAUUUACCCACUUCUCGGUGCAUCUUUACUGGGAUGGAGUUUUGUUGGGUCUGAUGUAACAGAUGUUGCUCUAGAGUGGGCUACAAAAAAUGUCGAGAGGAACCCCCACCUUUUGGAACUCAUCCAGAUUAGGAAUGCUAAUGAUCCAUUUAGUUCAGGUGGUUUUACAUCGAGCAGAAGAUAUAUCAUCAAUGAGAAUAAUCCCGAGCUGUAUGUUGCUGGGAAGACUCAGCCUCUGUGUCAAGAGGUGGAGGAAUCUGGUAUCCUACGACAAGCUGUUCUUGUAGGUGUUGUUAAAGAUGGUGAAAGUUUUGACUUUUGCAUGUGCAACCCUCCAUUUUUUGAGAGCAUUGAGGAAGCCGGUCUCAACCCUAAGACUUCAUGUGGAGGGACACCAGAAGAGAUGGUUUUCCCUGGUGGAGAAAAAGCUUUUAUCUCUCACAUCAUUGAGGAUAGUGUUGUGCUACAAGGCUCAUUUAGGUGGUUCACAACUAUGGUUGGGAAAAAAGCCAACUUAAAGUUUCUAAUAUCAAAACUCCGUGAGGUUGGGGUGUCUAUUGUGAAGACAACAGAGUUUGUCCAAGGUCAAACAGCUCGAUGGGGCCUUGCAUGGAGUUUCAUUUCCCCAAGCAAGGACUUUAUUUCAUCUAACACACUUAUGAGUACCAAAAUUUCCUUUACAAUUGAGGGUUUGAAACGUCAAGGUGGUGCAGUUCAAGUAUUAAAAUCAAUGGAAUCCUUUUUCUUGGAUAAGGGAGUUUCGUGCAAAUUUGAUCUGUCUUCCUUUUCUGUGAAGGUGACCUUGUCCAAGGACAAAGCUAAUAGAGCUCCUGAAAAUAAUGUUAGCUCCUUAAAAUCUGCUGAAAAUCAACCAUCAAACAUGCCUACCGAGCCACGAUGUGCAUUUUAUGUUUCGGUGCUUGAACAGAUCCCAGGUACAGUUCUUGUGAGAUGGUCAUCAUUGGCAAAAGAUAGAUCAGCUGUUUCAGGUUUGUUUAAUUCGCUCUUCAAUCAAUUGGAGGAAAGCCUGAGAAAGGAGUUCAGCCCCAAAACCGCAAGCUCUCCAUUAAAAAUAGCUUCAGGAAUUGCUAACUGAUGCAGCAUGGCCAUGAUUAUUAGGAAUAAAUAGUGGCUGUACAUGCUCAUGAAUAUAUUAUUCUUAUUGUAAACUGUUUUUUAUUAUUAUUAUUUACUUGAGAUGUGUUUUUGUGAUAAUUACAUACACAACGCUCAACAUUGCAAUUUA